ACAAUUAGGGGGGGAAAAAACAAAUAAAAAAAUGACAAUAUGAACUCAACAGUAUAUAUCCACUUUCACAUUAUCUUCCUGUUCCCAUCCCAUCGAAGCAAGAACCUUGCGCUACUGUUUUCUCAGUGUCACUGUGCUCCUUAUGGGGAAAUUCUGGAUUGAGGUGUGCUUGAUCUCUGCGAGGGGGUUGCAACGGUCAGUCUCUCUUUGGAAGCGUCAAUGGUAUGCCGUUGGCUGGGUUGAUCCUAAAUCCAAGUACUGCACCACAAUUGAUGCUUCUGGGAAUGCUAAUCCUGUUUGGAGAACAAAGUUCUCUUUUCUGCUUGAUGACGACUCGGAGCAGAGCCUCCAGGAUCUGGAACUCAACGUCCAAGUUUUCAGCAGAGAUCCCAUUUUUCUCACGGAAAAGCUUCAAGGUUCUGCAACUAUAAUGCUCAAAGAGUUUAUCGCCAAGCAUGUAAAGAACUCUCAGACUUCAGGGUCUGCAGGAAAUGAGGAACUAGGGAGCUACCAACUACGAAAGAAGAAAUCCAGCAAACCACGAGGGUUCAUUGAUAUUUCAAUUCGUAUUUCUGACGACAAGGAAGAACCAAAUAUGUUCCAAGGUAGCGAUGGAGGAAUUUUUCUCCUGGAUCCUGGAAGAAACACUAACAUUAGCACACAAGGUGGAUUAGAGCCCCCCCAUAUGCAGCAGCAAGUGCCUCCAGCAACAAUUCACCGGCCAGAAAAUCUACAGCAGCCAAACAUGUCCUCAUAUCCAAAGCCAUAUCCUACAAACUAUUACAAUCCAUAUGUGGGAGGACCAAGUUACCCUGCACAAGCUGGCCCAAGCUAUCAACCACCUCCACCUUCACAUGUUGGAUAUACUCCCACUCUGCUCCCAAGAACUGAUUAUAUCAAUAUGCCAUCAUCAUCUGGGGCUGCUCCUGCUGCACAAAGGGGAGGAGUACCUGCUGGUUUUGCAGUAGGAGCAGGCGCUGGGGCAUUGGCAGCUGGUGCUGUUAUGUUUGGUGGUGACUUCAUGUCAGCAGCACACAAUCUUCCUCCUGGGCUUGGGGAUGCUAGUGUUACCAUAGCCACUGAUCCUCUUUUCUGAACAAAAAUUAACCAGAUGGAGAAUGUUUAACCAUAUGGCAUACAUGGCCUUUCGAUAAACAUUCUUUCUGAAGAAGGGUUUCCUUCUAUUUCUUCUUGUGCUUUGUAAUCAGCAACGUUUGCUUUACGCGGGAAAUAGCCAGUUUGGAUAGCUUUUUACUACCCUGCUAAUCUCCGGCACAGGAGGAAUGUUUUGUAGUUAAAUAGAAAGUUGGCAAAGGCUUGUAACAUGCACAAUGACAAAUGAACACAAUUUGCGUUGCAUUAGAGGUCUCAUGUAUUCGUAGCACAUCUAAUGGCUUGCACAAAUCUUGCUGCAGAAUGCCAACAUGCAGAAAUCAUAAGAGUAUUUUAUUUUAGUACGUACAAAAUA